AUGCUCCUCCACUCCGUGGCGAGACACCUAGCGGCUACAACCACCUCUGCGGCAGCGUAUUCAGCAACGGCGUUGAAAGCAGCACCAACCGCGUUAGCAGCAGCAACAACCAGGCACGCCUUGCUUCCAACUCUACCAGGUGCACCUCUAGGCCCCUGCAUUGCUCCCGCAUCCGUGCUCAUAGGAAACUUAAGCGCCUCGUUCAAGCCCCUUAGGCCUCUUGGACAGGGCCAAAAGAGGCCUUUUUCUAAUAAUGUUCAGAGAAAUCUUGCAGGUGGAAGCCUCGUGGUGGCGCGCGAGAGUGUUGCCACGCUAAGCGAUCUUUUACAGCAGGAAGACUCUCUUGGAGGGCUGGUGGACAGCUACAAUAACCGAAAGUCGCUCGAGUCUGUCAUGUCUUCGCGCGAGCUGGAGCAGCGAGCAGAGGCUGCUUGCCGCUUGGAGCGGCAGAUGGCCUUAAAACGAGGCCUUUCGCUUACAGCCCCUCGGCGACUCACCUACGUGAAGUUUCAAAGGCCAGUGCUCGCCAACCGAAUUUCCUUUAGCGAUACCCUCCCCCCCCUUCUACCAGCCCUUAGUACGAAGCCUCCAGAGCAAGCAAAUACAAACACGGACAGCCUUCUGAAAUGUAAUGCGGAGAUUGACGUUCACCUGAGACUUGGCGCGUGCAGUGGCCAAGGAUUAUGCUGUUGGAACCUGCGUGAUUGCGCAGCUGUAAGAGCCUUGCUGGCGAAGUCUGCAGCUCUCUACGUUGACUGGCAUGAUUUUUAUAGCGCGUUAGAACCCUUAGUGCUAGGGCAGAUGCAGGAUGGAUCUGCUGCAGAUCCCGGCGAGCUUCAGAGCAGAAGCAACGCCAGAAAGGCGCUUGAGACUUUUUGUGAUGCAGAGGCCUUUGCUGCAGUGCAAGGCACACAUGGCGGUUUCGCGGAUAUCUUCGAGUUGCUUUUGACGCUGUGCAACUUCUGUAGCGUGGAGGGGGAUGAGCGGAUCAGAGUGUUGUUGACUCCCUUCAUACUUGACAAGUUCCGCCGCGCGCAAAUACCUUUCCGCACCGUCGAUGAUUUGGCUAUUGCGAGUGCCGUGGAGAUGUUUAAGGGCAAGUACCCGUUCCUAGGCGUUUCUCCAGAGUGCGGGAAGACGCUGCCAACAGCAACAGCAGUAGCAGCAGCAGAAUGCGCGAAGAAGGAGCUAUUCGUUGACGUGCAGGAGGAGCCCUGGACGAGCGCCUUUUGCCAUGCUGGCCUUGCGCUCACAUUUGACGAUUUUGCUCGAGUGUGCUACAACACGCCAGAAAAGGCGUCGACCACCACCACAUCCUUGUUGCGACUGCCCCUCAUUCUUCUUCUACGGGAUUUGCUCUGA